GAUUUUGGAUCCUACAAUUUUGAUUUUGCGUGAGAUCUUGGAGAUCUUGGAUCCAGCAAUCUUGAUUUGGUGUGGUAUCCUGGGGAUCUUGGAUCCUACAAUUUUGAUUUUGCGUGGGAUCUUGGGGAUCUUGGAUCUUGAAAUUAUGAUUUGCGUGAGAUCCUGGGGAUCUUAGAUCCUAAAAUUUUGAAAUUGCGUGGGAUCUUGCAGAUCUUGGAUCUUGAUUUUUGGGCGAGGCACAAGUCUGUUCCUGUAUUAGUAUUACAGUAGUGACCAACGUUUGGCUAUACACCCCUUAAGUGCCCUUUUGGCAUACGAGUCAAUAUAGAGGACUACUCAAAUGCCUCUCCUGACCAAACUAAGAAAGAUACAGAAACCAGGUCACCGCCGUUCGAUAGCCCUUGAAUGCAUCUAAAGUACAUAUAUCUGAAAAUGAAGACUCUGCCUUUCUUAGUCUUGCCGCUAGAUGGCGCUAAAGUUGCUAUAUAAUACCGCCAGUUUGCAAAGCCGGACCAAAAUGCGGUUCCGAUACGUUGUAGCCACAUAAAUUGUGCAUCGACUGACACAAGAAACUUGAAGAUCGGUUCAGCCAUUUUAAGUCUAGAAGCUUCUAAGGACACAACUUUUAGCUAUACACCCCUUAAAUAAUCUUUUAAAAUACGAGUCAAUACGGAUGUCUACUUAACUGCCUCUCCUGACUAAACUAAGAAAGAUACAGAAACCAGGUUACCGCUGUUUGGGUAAAGCAUUCCUUUACGAUGUUUGGGUAAAGUAUUCCUUUACGUAAUUGUCGCAACUGCGCCAUUAUCGCGAGUUUGGUAGCAGACGCCGAAAUAUGGUAACCGAACUCGACGCCAUACUGUUUUGUACAUGGUUGGUGAUUCUCGGAAUAGACGCCUGUCGGGAAGGACGCUGCCUGUUGGAGAGGACCGGGGGAGUUACUCGGAGAACACGCCUACACGGGAUCUGAAUCACGAAACAUGGUGCCGAAACCCCCAUCAAGGUUUGAUUAUGCCAUACCAGGCUGUGCAGAUCGCUGGAAGGCGUGAGAUGGUGAGAGGUCAGCUGAAUCGGCAACCACAGCAGCAACCACAGCAGCAGCAGCAGCCAGUGGAGGUGAAGCUGGACAAGCUGGACUACAAGCGGCAGAAGCGUGAACAGCCCAGACAUCAAAGCCGACAGCCUCCCAAGGACUCUGCGAACUGCAGCUUCUGCGGAGGACAUCACAGCAAAGGCAAGAAAUACUGCCCAGCUAGUAACAAGGUCUGUUCGAAAUGUGGAAGGAAAAAUCAUUUUGCUAAGGUAUGUAAAUCACCAGAAGUACAGGAACUUGUUCAUGACAUACAAGAAGAUACACUGUUACUGGGUCAUGUAGACGCUGAGCGGUCACCGUGGAUCGUACACUUGAAACUGUGUGGGAAAAAGGUUCCGUUUAAGAUAGAUACAGGAGCUGACGUCACUGUAAUCAGUAAGGACACUUACUCAAAGAUGUCUUGGAAGCCUGCGCUGCAGCCCGUGAAGCAAAACCUGACUGGUCCAGGGGGUUCUGUGUCAUGCUGUGGCUCGUUCAGGACUCAGGUCAGGUUUAAGAAUGAGUUUCACCAGCUGCAUGUGUAUGUUGUUGAUGGUCUGGACAGAAACCUGCUAAGUCGUGAGAUGGCUGUGCAGAUGAAGAUGGUGUGUCGCAUUGAUGAUGUUCUGCCAAAAGACCCUGCGGAGGAGCCCCUGGGCACGAUGGUCGGUGAACCGGUCCGGAUCCAUCUCCGAGAGGACGCCCAGCCCUACUCUGUGAGCUCCGCAAGGCGCAUUGCGUUGCCGCUCCUGCCAGCUGUCAAAAGGGAAGUACAGCGCAUGCUCGAUAGCGACAUAAUUGAACCUGUUACCACUCCAUCAGAUUGGUGCGCCCCAAUUGUGCCUGUAGUCAAGAAAGGUUCAGAGGAUGGUGGAGAACCGAAAGUAAGGUUGUGUAUAGAUUUUAAGAAACUGAACCAUGCCAUUAAACCACGAAGGACAUCGAUCUGGCUCCGGUUCGCUGUCAGCGGAUGCUGCUUCGACUGAUGCGGUAUGGGUUUGUUGCUGAGCACUGCCCGGGGAAGCAGAUGGUAGUGUCUGACCUGUUGUCUCGACAGCCCUUGGACGUUGACUCAGGAGACAUCCGCCACGAGAAGCCUGGUGAUCUAGAAGAGGUCCAGCUGUACGUUGACGCCGUGGUGUCCGGUGUCCUGGAGGACGCCAAGCUGGAAGAGGUCAAGUCGGCUCAGGAAGGCGAUCCGGUGUUGAGGAAGGUAGCAGAGGUCACGGAGAAGGGAUGGCCGGCUACAGCUACUGAACCAGAGAUGGAGAAGUUUCGAAGCCUUCAAGACAGCCUGUCCGUGGUGAGCGGAGUGCUAUGCUACGGAUCCAGAAUCCUGAUUCCAGAGUCAAUGAAGAGGGACGUGCUGAAGCGAAUCCAUGCUGGUCACAUCGGUUUGAACAAGAGCCGACAGGUGGCUAGGGAGAGUGUGUUCUGGCCGAGGUUGAGCGAGGACCUGAAGAACUUCAUCGAAGGAUGCGACUUCUGCCAGGCUCAACGACCCAGACAGCGGAGUGAGCCACUGAUUCUGACACCCUUGCCGCAGAGUCCCUGGAGGAAACUCGGAGCUGAUAUUCUGGAGCACAAGGGAAAGUCGUACCUUGUGAUUGUUGACUUCCAUUCCAGGUAUCCUGAGAUCCUGCAACUAUCGUCAAUUACAAGCGAACAAGUUAUCUUGAAAAUGCAGUCUGUCUUUGCGCGAUUUAGAUUGCCCUGCGAGCUGAUCACUGAUGGAGGGACGCAGUUUACCAGUGCGCUUUUCCAGGAGUUUUCCAGGGAGUGUGGUUUUAUCCACACGGUGACCAGUCCGCAUUUUCCGCAGGCUAAUGGGGAAGCGGAACGAGCGGUCCGCACUGCUAUAGUUCGUUUUUUUUUUUUCAAAAGGACGCUGGCUCCAAGUAUGUUUUUCGAACAAGCACGUGUUUUAGCGAGCAAAACGAGCAAAAACUGAACCUGAGAAAAUCGAGCGUCGACUAAUUUUAACAUGUGAUUUCUUCCCGAUAAUUUCCAUAUGGGCGUUUUGGAAGCAGAUAUGAGAACAGCGGUGACGUCAUGCUGUCGAACAUGUAUUUCAAUGUAACUUAUGACUAUCAUGGACGGAACCGCUCACUCGAUUAUAAGCUCGGCAACAGUGAAAAACUAAGUUUCACCCAAAUUCGUUGACACUUGUCCCACUGCACGGGCAUUUGGGUGCCUGCUGCCACCAGUGACGUCAUCAUAGUAUGUUCAUUUUUAAGAAACAAUUUCCAGCUACUUACCGUGCAAAAUUUGAAAUCGAUUAUUUUUUCGGUAAGAAAUUCUUGGCCAGACACUGAAGCUGCCAAAACUCACGUGAGAGCUUCGAUAUUGAACUUUGAGCCAGCGUCCUUUUGAAAAAAAAACGAACUAUAAGCACCUGCUGAAACAGCCUGAUCCCUGGAUGGCUCUUCUCGCCUACAGAGCAGCACCUCUGCACACUCUGGGUCUCAGCCCUGCCGAGCUGUUGAUGGGGCGGAAGCUGCGGACGACCGUCCCGAUGCUACCGCAGAAGUUUCGGCGACGGGAUGAUGAGGUCAGGCGAGCCGACGAGAGGCUCAAGAUGAAAGGUAAGAAGA